UGGGAUUCCCUAGUAGAGGCAGUGGGUAAAGAGAUGAAGACGGCCUACGACAAGUUGGUCACUAUCGUUUGGACCGACGCUUGCGACAUUACCAGGCCCCCCGAGGCCAAGGAGUUCAAACAAGUUCUCACCGAUCGGCUGAAGGAUAUCAGCGCAGCUAAGAAGAUUAUCGACAAGCGCAGCACCAAGCUCGGCACCAUCCCUCAGGAGGCGAGCGAGGUCGCGGAGGGCGCCUUGGAUGAGGUGAGCCAGAUCGCCAGCCUCAUCGCUGCGAUGACCGACGUCUGCAAGCAGUGCGCCGGCGAGGUGACUGACGAGAACGCGCUGAAAGACAAUCUGGCCAUCAUGACCCAGCGCAGUGUGAAGGUCGGCCGCUCGUUCUGGCGCAAGCUGCUGAAGAGUCAAUGCCACUCGGCCGCGGCGUUCCACGACUACCCGAAGUUCGCGCUCGCCGCGUCGAAUUGCAGCGAUGCCGUCAAGGCGCCGGUGGACACCACGUCCGAAGCGGAGGAGACCGUGGGCCACAAGCACCUCAAGGGGCAGCUGUCUCUGAUAUUGCAGGUGCUUGCUCCCGAGGAGUCGGAUCGGGCUGCCCUUGCGUCGGCGCUCGAAGAGUUCGAGCAGCGACAAGAUGAUGACGAGGGCCUCCCCAUGAUUCUUGCCAUGAAGAAGUCCCUCAUGAUUGCGAAUGCCCUGGAAGUGCUCGAGGGGCGGCAGUCCGAGGUUCAGGCCGACAAGCUUCUGACCUCUGCGCACGCCGCCAUCGCCGAGGCGAAGGCUUGCUUCGACACGGUGCUCGACGGCGCCGCUUUCAAGAGCUCGAUCGGGAAGGCGCUUUCAUGCAUGGGAGCUCUCAGAUCAGGCAAGCUGUCCAAGCGCCAGGCGGCGACCUUGGCGGAGCUGCACGCCAAGAUCGACACGAUGAUCAUCGAUGCAAUGAACAAGUUCAUGGAGCGCUUGGUCGGGGGCGUCCUCGAGCCACGGGAUGGCGCAGCUGCCGUCGCAGCUUUGGAGGCUUGCUCGUUCAAGUCCUACCUCCCGGAGUCUACGGCGCUGGUGGGCGAGCGCGUGUGGGCCCAUUCUUCCAAGGUGUUGCCGUUGCUCUCGGCAUUGGCCCACAUGGCCAAGAUUCAAGGCGCUUCUGGUGAUCGCAUGUUCGACGCCACUUUCAUGUCGAAGGCUACUGCAGUUUCGGAGCUGAUUGCAAAUGAGAAGGUUGGCUUCAAUGACGGGAUCAUGUCUAAGCUGGCCGUUCUGGAGAAG